UGCUGAGGUGCGUAGAUCCGCUUCUAACCCCUUCCCCUUAGGCAGACACGAAGAGGGGGAAAAUCAAAGGGGCUUUAAAUAGAACCAUAUUGUCAAUCUGACUGCUGUUAUCUGACUGAAAGAGCAGCGACAGAACUGCUCUCUGUACACUAUUAUUCUUUAAUUUUACACACACAUCACAGUAAACACAGUAAUCAUGCCCAGCAAGAGGAAGAAGAACAAGCGCCGCAUGAGGAGAGUGGCCCAAAGAAGGGUCUUGGAGGAGCAGUAUUCCUCCUCUGGAAAGGGAACACCAGGAGUGCGAGGAGUCUCUGCUCCAGUUCCCACACAGAUUCCAGUUCCUAAAACCUCAGAGUGCCCAAUCUUGGUUCCAAUUAAAACUCCACUGGCAAUGGUUGCUCCAGUUGAUGUUCCAGAUGAAAUUCCCUCUGCAGAGCAAGUUGUGUUAGAGGUCCUAGUCACAGAUGCCAUCAAAGACAAGGGAAUGAUGGCAGCAGAAGAUCUGACAGAAGCUCUAGUGGAACCCCCUAUAGAAGAGCCAGCUGUGCUUGAGGAACCUGAAAGUGUCACAAUUCCAUUAGCAGAGGUCACAGCAACUAUAGAUGAGCCAGUGUCCAUCCCUGCAGAAUCUGAGGUCACAGCAACUAUAGAUGAGCCAGUGUCCAUCCCUGCAGAAUCUGAGAUCCAGGUCGAGGACAGGUCACCUGUUGUCACAGAGAUUCAUGUUGUGGCUAAACUUGUUCAGACGGUUGACACUGUACGUGGAGAUGAAGCUGCUGCUGGGCUUCAUGCAGAAGAUUUGGUGGUGAAGGUUCCAGUGCCAGAGGAGACAGCGGUUACAUCUGAAACUCUAGCUGAUAUUGAAACUGUGACAGAAACACUGACAACUGAAGCUGAGCCUGUUGCUGAGGCCGCAGUGGAAACCUCUGAGCCUGCUGUCCAGAUAGUUGGAGGGCCUGUCGUUGAAGCCGAAGCCAUAACUGUUGAAGCUGAGCCUCUAGAAGUCCACAUGGAAGUCACAGAAAUUAUAGAGAGUGUUCAUGGAGCACCUGAACCAGAAGAAGAUCCAGUGGAUGUACAUGCAGAUCCUGAGCCAGAAAAGGUUUCAGUGGAAACUGUAGAACUUACUGAAGCUUUAGUGAAACCAGAGCCUGACCAGCAGUCAGUCCCAUUGGAGGAACGCACGCCUUUGGAUGAGUCCACUAGUGAUCCUGUUGCUGAAGAUUAUGUUGGGACCGAGUCAGCUAUACCUGUAGGUGUUGAAGCAGCCAUAACAGAGGAGCAGAUUCCUGAAAUACCAGCAGAUGCCCCUGAGGUUCUUUCAGAGACAAUGGCAGAAACAAUUCCUGCUACUGUGCCAUUGCCAAAGGAGAUUAUCCAUGCUCAAGAUGAAUUUAUGGCACAAGUAGAAACUGAAGUCAAAAAGGACUUGGCAGUGGGUGGAGGCCUAACUGUAGAUGCCAUCAAUGGAUGUCUGGCAACUACUGAAGUUGCAAUUGAAGGUUAAAGUGCCUGUGGUAUAAGACAUAAAGGGACAGCUGAAACAUCAUGAAACAACAAUGUUAUAAAGUGCCUCUCUGUGCUGGUUCUUACCUAAAAAUGAAGAGGAUGUGUGGCUGCUCUUCACUGUUUAUUUGAGAGCUUCAAACUAAUUCUCAACUUCCAUAUGCAUGUACAUUAGAUUUGCAGGUGUUAUAUAUUAUUUACAGUACUUAGUACAGUUAAAUAGAUGAGUGUUGCAAAUUUCUAUGUUUGUACUUGAACCAUUUUUAAUGGGGAAUAAAUACUGUUGUUGUGGUAACACUUUACAAUAAAGCUGUAUUCGUUAACAUUAUUUAAUGCAGUAGUUAACUUGAACUAACAAUGAAAAGUACUUUUAUACCAUUUGUUUAAUUUGAUUAAUCAUAAUUACUACCUAGAGUAAUACCUUUUAUUUACAUUAUAAGUAAAUGUUAACAUUGAUGCAUUAUUAAACAAUAAUCAAUAUUAUUUUGAUAAAUUACUAUUAUUCAAUAUUAAUUCAUACUGUAAAUAUUAAUUAGUUCAUGAUAAUAAAAAUGCAUUAAAUAAUUUUAUCAAACAGAGCCAUAUUGUAAAGUGUUCCUGUUGUAUUUUUCAUCUGGCAAAAUUAUUUGGGGUGGAUUGCUUCCUCAAUAGAGCACAAUUUAAUACUGUACAUAUGCCACCUCUUCUCUGUCCCCCUCAACAGUUAACAUGAUUUGGUGCCUUUUACCCCUUAUUAUAAAUAAAGGGAGUAUGAGAAUUAUAAUAUCUACAAAUUUCAGUGCUUACGCUUGUCUGCAUGCAUUAGAUGUAAAUAGAAUGUUGCUAGUGCAGCUGCAACUGUUGUAUGGUACAUGCUCUAGAAGUUUAAAGAAAGGUUUCAAACACAAUUGCAGUAUUUUAGUGAAAACUUCAUUCAAGCUACCUAAUGUUGAAAUGAAAUAAAGACUCAUAGAAACACUAGAUAAAUAAUGAAGGCACUCUGAGCAUGAGUUUAAAAAAAAAAAAAAGUAACUAACAAGACAAUUAGAAAAUUCAGGGCAAAUGACAACUGAAAAAAAUCAAGGUGCAAGCAGAAAUGACGUUUUAAAGAGCUUGCGCCCCCAGUGGUCACUGGUAGAACACUGUUGUCUGCAGUGAUGUCAUGAAAGGGUUGGGGCGAGCAUAAAUUCAUUCAGAUUCAAUGUGUUAUUCACUUACAGUAUACCGAUGUUGUAAGACUCUCCUUUAAUAUGAUAUCAGGGGUGAAAGGUAGGAUAAGAUUGUUCACCCACAGAUGAAAAUUCUCUCAUCAUUUACUCACCCUCACGCCAUCCCAGAUGUGACUUCAUUUCUUCUGCUUAACGCAAUAUUUUUAGAAGAACCUCUCAGCUUUGUAGAUCAUCACAAUGCAAGUGAAUGAGUACCAAUUCAAAAGCACAUAUAGGCAGCAUAAAAGUAAUCCAUAAGCCUCUAGUGUUUAAAUAUAUAUAUCUUCAGAAGGGACAUGAUAGGUGUGGGUGAGAAACAGAUCAAAAUGUAUUUCCUUUUUUACUUCAAAUGUUCCCCCCUUUCCAGUAGGUAGAGAUAUGCAUGAAGAAUGUGAAUAGCCAAAAAAAGUGUGAAAUUGAAAGUGGAGGUUUAAACGUUUCUCAUCUACACCAUAUCAUAUCACUUCUGAAGACAUGGAUUUAACCACUGGAGUCGUAUGGAUUACUUUUAUGCUGCAUUAAUGUGCUUUUUUAUUAAACAUUUCUGGCCACCAUUCACUUGCAAUGUAUGGACCUACAGAGCUGAAAUAUUGUAAAAAAAAAAAAAUAAACUUUGUGUUCAACAGUAGAAAGAAAGCCAUACACAUCUGGGAUAGCAUGAGGGUGAGAAAAUGAUGAGAGAAUUUUCAUUUUUGUUUGGACAACUCCUUUAUGAUCUUUAUUUAGUGAUGUACAUGUGCUAGAUAUAGCCAAAUGGGUCAUUUGAAUUUUCUGUCCCUGAAAGCUGCAUUAUUUAAGUUGUUCAUAAUAAAACAAGCACAGCAACAGAUUUAAGCCACUACAUAUAAGGUAAUUAAGUUGAUAUACCAAGCAUUUUUCCCCUGAGGUACACUUUAAGGGAAUAUAUAGCAAAAUAGCCAGUGGUGCCUCCAUGGAGCUUGACAACAACAAAACAAGCUCUUAGAUAAAACCACCAAGUAAGCAUUAAUACAACAGUUUCAACAUGCUUUCCCUUGGAAAAGAGAUUUAUUUUCCCCAUGUGAACAAAAAUUCACUUUACGCACUGUAAACACUUAAUGUAACUUAGGGUGACCAUAUUCAGAUUUUCCAAAAAAAGGAUACCAUGGGUUCAAAACAGUGUUACUAUGAAUGCAAACUUUAAAAAAGUGAAAAAUACGCACCAUUAGAAUAACAUAUAUAAUAUUGCAAACAUGAAUAAAGUGAAAAAUACACUAUUAGCAUAACACACACACACACACACACACACACACAUAUAUAUAUAUAUAUAUAUAUAUGUCCAACAUUAUUUUGAACUAAUAU